AUGGGAGACCUAGUUCCAGUAACAAACAAAGUUAAGGAAAGCGUUCCUUCAACUGUCCAGUGUCCGAUGCUUACAGCCACCAACUACACAGUAUGGUCAAUGCGAAUGAAGGUUGCACUCAAGGUGCAUAAAGCGUGGGGCGUCAUCGAACCUGGAACAAAAGACAGUGACAAAGACGAUGAAAAAGACGACCUCGCUAGGGCCCUCUUAUUCCAGUCUAUACCUGAAUCACUAACACUGCAGGUCGGAAAUCUUGAUACAGCAAAAGCGGUAUGGGAUGCGAUACAGAGGAGAAACAUGGGAGCUGAACGGGUGAAAGAAGCUAGGUUACAAACCUUGAUGUCCGAAUUCGAUAGAAUGAAGAUGAAAGAAGCAGAUAUGAUCGACGAUUUUGUGGCAAAACUAUCAGAGUUAGCUUCAAAAUCAGCUGCCUUGGGGGAAACCAUUGAGGAACCAAAACUCGUUAAGAAGUUUCUCAAGAGUUUACCUCGAGGAAGAUAUAUACAUAUCAUCGCUGCUCUCGAACAGGUUUUGGACCUCAAUACAACAACUUUUGAAGACAUAGUAGGGAGGUUGAAAGCUUAUGAAGAGAGGAUAUGCGAUGAAGAGGAACAGAAUGAGCAAGGGAAGCUCAUGUAUGUCAACACGGAUACACAAGAAGCAUAUGGAUCCGGUAGAGGCAGGGGACGCGGUGGUCGCUUCUACGGAAGAGGCAGAGGCCGUGGAUGUUUUAAUAAUCAGCAGAGUGACGGAUACAAGCAAGAGAGGGACAAAUCUAAAGUGGUAUGCUACAGAUGUGACAAGAUGGGUCACUAUGCAUCGGUUUGUCCAGAUAGAUUGCUUAAACUUCAAGAAACUCAAGAAGGAGAUGAAGAAAACGACACUCAUGAGGCUGAAGAACUACUAAUGCAUGAAGUAGUGUAUCUUAAUGAGAAGAAUGUGAAGCCAAACAAAUUUGAGACAGCUCUAGAUGGAGACAACGUUUGGUAUUUAGAUAACGGGGCCAGCAACCACAUGACCGGAAAUCGUAAAUACUUUCACAAGAUUGAUGAAAGUAUAAUGGGGAAGGUGAGAUUCGGAGAUGAUUCUCGUAUAGAUAUAAAAGGAAAAGGAUCGAUUCUUUUUAUAUCUAAAGAUGGAGAACGCAAAGUCUUGGCUGAUGUCUACUUCAUACCUGACCUGAAAAGUAAUAUUAUUAGUCUUGGACAAGCCAGAGUCGGGAUGUGA